AUGCUGAAGAUACGUGACACAUUCACAGCAUCCAAGAAAUUCUUUGAGCUGUCAGAGAAAACUAAGCUGAACUACAUUGGCCAAAAUGACAGCAAAUUCUCUAUUCAUGGUUUUGAAGAGACAGAAAAAGAACAGUGCUGUCCAGAAAGAGAACGGGAUCUCAAGCAGUGUUUUAACUACACAGUCAAAGCAGCAACAGAGGAUAUGUGGCCCGAUGAGACGAUACCUGAGUUCAGACAAUCGAUGGAAGAGCUUUAUAGAUGGUGUACAAAGCUAAACCACAGGAUACUUGAUGUUAUUGGUCAUUGCCUCAAAUUACCGGAUCCUCAUUACCUCAAGAAUUUACACAGAGGUCUUGGGACAAAAGCUAAUUGUACUAUUUUAAGGUCGCUGUACUAUCCUCCACCCGAGUUUGAGAAGGUCAAAGAGAAUCAGAUCAGAUGUGGAGAGCAUACAGACUACGGUGGAAUCACGUUACUCUUCCAAGACAAGCAAGGAGGUCUUGAGGUUCAAGAUGUUGAAGGUGAUUGGAUAUCAGCCAAGCCGGUAGAAGAUGCAGUCAUCGUCAAUCUUGGGGAUCUUAUGCAAAUGUGGACAGCAGAAAAACUCAUCGCUUCAGUACAUCGGGUUAUCAUGCCUAAGACUUCUGAACCCAGACAAUCCAUCGUGUUCUUUGGUCACCCGGAUGAUGACGCGAUCAUUGAAUGCAUCGAUGGAAGCAAUAAGUACCCUCCAGUAAAUAGCUUGGAGUACCUUGAGAAAAGACUAUAUGCGACGUACUAGACAAGAACUAUUUCUACAUGUAUAUCAGAUUGUUUUUAUCGGCAAUAUUAUAAACUUGUUUUUAAAUCGUAAUUUGAAAUGGAGAUGAUUGGAUGAAAUGUAUUUACAUCAAGAGAACGUUGUGAUAUUUCGGGCCCGGUCUUACAAAGAGUUACAUUUGAUCCAAUCAAUCUCAACUGCAUGGAAAUCCAUCCAUGCCAUAAUUUUUUUCUACAGGAAAUUUGCACGAUCUCCUUUAUAGCAAACAAAGAGAAUCGCGCUGAUUCUUUGAGAGAACAAUGUAUGUAUGGACAUACAUCAUAUCUAGAAAAUACUUUUAACAAAUCUGCAUUUUUGAUGUUGACAUUGCUGGCUGUCCAUAGUUAAGAUUGAUUGGAUCAAUCGCAUCUCUUUGUAAGUCGGGGGCCUCUGGAUGAAUGUAAUUACUCAAUGUAUCAUUGGUUACUGAUAACAAAGAUACUACAAAGGGAAGAUCAGACAGUACAUAGACCGCAUAAUGAAACGCUCGGGAAGAGCGCCCUACAGCGUUGUGUAAGUAACAAACUUUUUCUACCUUUGCGUAUCGCGAGAUGGUUGUGUACAAAACAUAUGAGAGAAAUGGUGAAGGGUUGAAGGAAUAGACGAUUUUUAUAUUAAGAAUUUUUUUUUCUUCAAUUUUCCCCCUUUAAUUUGUGAUGAAUAUAUUUUAGAGGUGUCUUGGUAAUAAAACGUGGAAUUAUUCCCAUGCGCCACCCUUAAGCCCUCUCCAAACUCCCCUCUCUCAUUUUCCCCAUAUGUUUUAUACACAGUCGCGUGCCGAUAUGCGAAGGUUUACCUACUCAACGCUGUUGGGCGCCCUUUCCCCAUAAGCAUUUAUCAAGCGUUUCAAAUAAUCGUCGAAGUGUCCGGUCUUCCCCUUGUAGUAUCUUUGUUGAUAAUCAAAAGAAAACUGCUGAAUUUUGUGAAUUUUUUCAAAAUGGGCUGAUCAAUGCACUUGUUUUGUUUUAGUCCUAACAUAGCACUUCAUCCUCAGGCAAGAGCUUAACCUGCCUUGCUUCUCAUCACUCUGUGAACGAGAUGACCAAUAGCUGAAAAUGUCCACCAGGAGUGGGGAAGGCACAUUAUUUAUUUAAAGGAGAAUGAAACCCUUGAAACCAGCUGAAUCCAUAUCAAAGAGAAAAAUCAAAGAAACAUAUUGUUGAAAGUUUGAGGAAGAUUGAAUGAAUAAUAAGAAAGUUAUGAGCAUUUAAAUAUUGAGAUCACUAAUGCCAUGUAGAUCCUCCCAUUGGCAAUGCGACCAAGAUCUGUGAUGUCACACACGUACAACUCCCUCAUUACUUUAGUACUUAUUUCACUUAUAUUCUCACUUUUAUAGAGUCUAACCCAAGGUGAUGUGUUCUCUUUAUGAGAGGACAAGUACAGAGGUUUCACAACAUUAUAUCAUUGAUGAAUCGUUUGUCAUAUGAUUAGAAUGAGCAAAAAGAGAUGUUUUGGGGUAUAUUUUCAGUGUCCAAAAGGGGAGAGUUGUUCAUCUGUGACAUCAUAGAUCUUGGUCGCAUUGCCAAUGGGAGGAUCUCCAUAGCAUUAGUGAUCUCGACAUUCAAAUGCUCAUAACUCUCCUAUUGCUAGUCCUAUUUUACUCAAACUUUUGUUGAUCUUAUUCUUUGAUUUUUCUGCUUUCACAAAAGCUAACUUGCUCCAAGAGUUUCAUUCUCCUUUAAGAGUGAUAUUUCAUAUAUUAUCGGAAUUUUUCCUCACACAUUGGCAAAUUUUUAAGCAUAUAUCCAACUUGAUUGCAAAAGAAAUGUCUUGAACUGAAUAAUUAUGAAUGGGGGACUUAUUUUUACCUAUGUUAGCAUACUAUAAACCCAACCCAUUCCCUGCGCAGAAAAUUUUAGAGUAUCAUUAUUUUUUGCAAAAGUACUUUUUUAAAAACUCAAUUUAAUUUGUAAGAUUUUUUUUGGUCCAUUUAUCAAGGGGUAAAAAUUGUUGUUUUACUAUCAGUUAUUUCAUGUUAGAUAUAAAGAAAUAAAGGAUAUUUUAGGUUGCCUUUAUCAUGCAAGUGACAUGCUAUAAAUAGUACAAAAAAUGUUUAGGCUAAAAAAAAUGAAAAAAUGAAUAGUUUCUUGUAGCCUUCCAAAAGCAUAAGUUAACUUCAAGACUGUAUGAAAUAAAAACAUAAAUAUUACUAACUGAAAUAAUGCUUUAGUGUUAAAUAUAUGUGUAAAUAUCCUUUUCUAAACAUAUGAAGAUGAAUAGAUAAAAUGAAGGAGUACUUCUUUACAUUACCAUCUUUAAAAAAAAAUUAAGAUGGUAUCUUUGAAGAAAAAGAUAAAAAAGAGUAGCACAGGUAUCUAUGAAUUGGUUGAAAAUUAGACAUUUGUACAUUUUUUGAAACCAGAUUGAUUAAAAAUGUACGGUUCGAUCCCUUUUAAAUUUUUUGCCUUGUAAAUA